AUGAGCAAUCUUAAUUGCAAGUAUCGAUCCAACAAGAAAACUUGGAUGACUGGCUUGCUUUUUCAAGAUUUUGUUGGUUGGUUUGAUAAGAGAAUGAAUGGCAGAAAGGUUCUCUUAAUAGUAGACAAUUGCCCAGUUUAUCCAAAGGUAGUUGAAGGCUUGAGAAAUGUAGAGUUAUUUUUCUUACCUCCUAACACAACGUCUAAGAUUCAACCAUGUGAUGCUGGGAUUAUUCAAGCAUUCAAAGCUCAUUAUCGUCGUCGUUUUUAUUCUAGCAUCUUACAAGGCCUUAAGACAACAACAAUUGCAAAUUGUUUUCGGCAUUGCAAAAUUCGGUUCGAAGAAAACAAUAUUCCCGAACCAGAAGUUGGUGAAUUAGAUGAAAGUAUCCAAGGAUUAAGUGAUGUCAUCUCUAAUUUACACUAUAGAAAUGUGAUGGAUGUUGAACAUCUUUUGAACUAUCCUAGCGAGAAUGAUGUAGUUAUGAAAUCACCUACAGACGAAGAAAUUAUUCAAUCGGUAAUGAACAGUAAUGAUGAUGAGAAUGAUCCUGAACCAGAUGAUAGUAGCGUUGUCCCAAAUGUGUCGUCAAAAGAGGCAUUUCAAGCAAUAGUCACCUUAAACAAAUACUUGCUACAACACGAGCAAAAUAUUCCGAAAGUUGUGUAUGCUUUACAAAAAGUUAAGGAUGUGGUUCAUUUUGGUUUAGGUGGGAAGAAAAAACAAUCAACUAUAGAUACAUAUUUUCAAAAGGAAUGA